ACGAAUUGCAAAACACACAAUUUGUGCACCAAAACACCGAUUUUCUCAAUAUUCUUAGACAUAAUCUCGCCGGUUAAGUCAUAAACAGAAAGAAAAUGAUAUGUUGUAGACAAAAAUCAUAGGUUUUUUGGACAAUGGCCUACAUGAAUAUGAGUUUGAGGGCGUUUUGUGAGAAAAUUCACCCAGUCAGAAAAUCUUCAGUUCUGUACUUCGGUCCGCUUGGACAAUUUGAGGUCACCCAGGGUCGAACAAGGACAUUGCAUACAGUGUGUCAACAGUUCAGAGGCCAGAUUAGGUCUUCUUCGAAACUUAACAACAAACUUUCAAGUGACAGUGUUGUCACUCCUGCUUCAUCUGUGAUACUUUCAAGGAAUUACUGCCAUAGUCGUGGACCAGCGACAACUCUGGACGAUGGACACCACCGUGUGGCACCACCCUGGCGGAUAUUGUUCUUCGGUAGUGAUAGGUUUGGCAUCGCUGGACUUCACGCUCUUAACUUAAAUAGGUUGGAAGGAGGCAAGCAGAAGGUUGUAGACUCCCUGGAGGUGGUAGCAAUUUCUAAGCCAACUCCAGUGAGAAGUUAUGCAGCAAAAGCUGGACUUGAGACGUACGACUGGCCUGUACCUGUCAAUCAUAAUAAAUAUGACGUCGGUGUGGUGGUGUCGUUCGGUCAUCUUAUCCCGAACGAGAUCAUUCACAUGUUCCCGUACGGGAUUCUCAACGUUCAUCCGAGUCUUCUUCCAAGAUGGCGCGGGGCUUCGCCCAUCGCCCACACAGUACUCAACGGUGACGAAAUAGCGGGAGUGUCCAUAACCGAGAUACGGGCAAAGCAUUUUGACAUCGGUGCUGUCCUUCUGAGCGAUAUCUGUGAAAUGCACCCGAGGAUUACGACCCCAGAGCUUACACGGACCCUCGGACUGAUGGGCGCACAGCUGCUUCUAAAGGCAUUAUCCAACUUGCCCAAACUGGAACAGAAUGAGGUCGAACAGGAUUUAUCCGGAGUUACUUAUGCUCAUAAAAUCAAGCCCUCCAUGGGUCGGGUGGACUGGGUGACUGAGACGCCAGAGGACAUAGACCGCCAAUACAGGGCCUUGGCAGAUUCAAUUAGUCUUAGAAGUGAAUAUCUAGAUCAUCCUGUGAAGUUGUUAGACAUGGUAGAACCAAAAGAUAUGAAAGAAAUUUCCAAGGAGCUGUCGUCCAAAUUCACUGCCUACAACAUGUUGCGUUCAUAUCGGACGGACUUCAACGAAGACGUGAUGAUUUUUCACAAUUACGUCCCCGCGGGUCUGCCGUUUUACCACAGGCAGGAGAAGAUACUAUGUAUCAAGUGUAAGAGUGGCUGGGUUGGAUUCCAUAACGUCGUGAUUAAGAAGACGAUGUCUGCGGAAGCGUUUUACAAUGGCUACCUCAGCAAGCCGUACAAUCGGGGAGUCCUAUUCCAUAGUUUAGACAAUGCCAUUAAUAAGUACAUUUUGCGUACAAAAGUCGAGGCAUAGGAAACGAGUUUUGAAUUCGAAAGUGGAAGUUCUGAAGAUAAAGGAAACCUGUCAUGAAAUGCUUAUAAAAAUGGGGAGUUUUGAACAGCCCAGCAGGAAUAAGCUUCAAGGAUAAAUCUUAGCAGUUUCAAGUUCACCUCAGGUAGUUGAUAAUGUGAACUGGGCAUCUGGGUAACAUUGCAUAACAUUACUGACUCCAGUGAAUGAACUGCAUAAGAGACCAUGACCAAUUUAGUUAUUUUUACUGCGGUCAGCUAGUCUAAAUAAAGAUUUGUACCAAAACUGGAUCUCUUCAAUAAAUGUACAUGUAUAUUGGUGCCAAAGUGGAGGAUAAGGAGACUGUACAGUUUUGAAUUGGAAAGAGGAUAUUUCGAAGAUUUUCGGACGAAGGUUACAUUUUCAGUAUCAAACAAGACUGUUCUGUUCGAGGAAAUGGUGUCGUCAUCUUUUGCGUUCAUGGAAUGGGCGGAACUGGACCUGCUGGGGGUAAGGGAGCGGGUCGCCCCUUUAUUGAAGGGUGUGGAGAAAACUGGACCCCGCUUAGUCAAUUUGUUGCUGUAAUGUAAAUAUUGUUAUUCAUGAAAUAA